AUGUCAUUUUUGUUUAGGAAAAGUACAGAUUACCCUUCCGAAAGAAAGCUAUCUGAUUCAGAUUUAAUCGAUAUGUCAGAUAAGGAUAAUUUAGAAUCCUCAACAUCCGGAUUAAUUGAUGAACAGAUUGAAAAAGAGGAUGAUCAAGACACGACAACAAAAGAACUUCCCAAGAAAGUAGUAAAAAAACAACCCACGUUCCUCAGAAGAAUACUCAGUGGUGGAGGUGGUGGUAUGGAUUCAAAAGAAUCGUCGUCACCUUCUCCCAGUCCAUCCUCUUCCUCAUCAAUCCAAGAAAUAGGAUUAGGUCCAUUAACAUUGAAAGGUUAUAAAGAUAGUACAAAGCAUAGAUUGCUAGAUGUAGAACUAGCAAAUAAUAUUAGAAAUUUGAUACCUGCACGAUUACAAUUAUUUGAUUCCUGGGAUCUUGUUUAUUCUAUGGAACAACAUGGUAUAUCCUUGAACACAUUAUAUCGACAUUGUAAUCCAGAAUAUCAAUUACAACAACUAAAGAAACGAAAGAAGGCAGAAAAGGGAUUCGCCGAUUCUAUUGUUUCCGGUAUGAUGGUGGUGGGGGGAGAUACCCCUUCAUCCCGAUAUAAUUUCGAGGCUAGAAGACCUCAAGCAUACGUCCUAAUAAUCAAAGAUGAAAACAAUUGCAAAUUUGGAGCAUAUUUAAACCAGAAUUUAAAGCCAAUGGAACAUAAACGAUACUAUGGAAAUGGUGAAUGUUUCCUUUGGAAAUGUGAACAAUUUGAUCCUACGAAACUUGAUCAUUAUUCAGAAAAACCCAUAAAGGGCGAGAGUGAUUCGAAUAAUAAUUCAGAUACUAGAUUUAAAGCAUUUAUGUACACCGGUAUUAAUGACAAUAUAAUAUACUCAAACCAUGACUUUAUUGCCAUUGGUUCUUCAAAUGGCCAGAAUGGAAUAUUUAUUGAUAAGUCCCUAUACAAGGGAGUGAGCUAUAGUUGUGAAACUUUUGGGAAUGAAAUAUUAAAUCUGCAUAUUGAUUAUGAUUUAAAAAUUGGCAGAUUUAAGAUCAUGGGCUUAGAAAUAUGGAGAAUAGGUACAAUAGAGUAA